GGUGGAGACACAUGUACAGAUUACAAUGGAGAUCAGGUUGAAGCAGGAACACUUCACAUCACUUUAGUAGAUGUAAACUACUUUGGAUGGCCAGCAAACAAGGUUUUGUAACUUCACCUGGAUGGAAGAGUGGAGCUUUUUGAUUGGCUGAGUCAGACUGGAGAGGUGUGAUGUCGCCCACAGUUGAUGAUACAGCUGCAGACCUCCCAGUCCGAGAUGUGGGACUAAUGAGAGGGGGGCUCAUGCCAGCUGUCCCAGAUACUCUACGUGAUGGGAAGCCAUCGAAGAAACAUCAUAUAAUAAAGGUGAAAGAUCCUCAGCGCCUGUUUCGUUUUCCCAGAGAGCACCUUGAGGACCUGUGUCUGCGACUGCAGGAGGAGAACAGUGUGCUCAGGCAACAUGCACGUGCACAGGAGCAGAGGCUACGCAGAAUGUCCACCAGACUUAUGCGCCAUCGGCAGGCCCAUUCAGGGUCAGGUGGCGUGAAGGAGAGGGACAUGGAGGACACCGUACAGGAGCUGGAAGCACGCGUAUCUAUGCUGGAGAGCCAGAAGGAGGUGCUACAGAACAAACUUAGCCUGGCCAAGCAGAACAUAAUGGACCUGGGGAGACGUACACCAUACAAGAUCAGCAAAGGUAAAAGUAUGGAAGUGGAGGGCACAGUUAGGAGGGCAGCCCAGACGGCCCCGUCACGCUACGGUCCCAUGCUAGAAGACAACAGGGUAGAGAUGGAGGGAUUUUCCAGCAGGUCCUGUGUGACAGAGCCAGUGAGGGUGACAGAAUUUGAGGUGACUGCCCAGGCCCUCAGAGACACACUGAGAGAGAAAGAGAAGGAGGUGGAGGGAACCAUGAGGGAGAUGAGGAAGCAGCAGUCCGAUAGGCACAGAAUAACUAUCAGCGAGAAUGUGGAUCUGAUUCGUCUACAAAAGGAACUUUCAAACAAGAACACUGCGCUGAGAGUUACACAGAUGAAGUUGGACGACCUGGAAAAAGCAUUUGAGAAUCAGCUUGAAGAGAAUCAGAGGUCACUGAGGGAAAGUCUAGGAGCUCUGCUGGAGAAAGUGGAGGAGCUGACAGAACAGCUGAAGCAGGAGAAACAGAGAGCGCUGGCACUGCAGGAUCAGCUCACCACUGCCUCCAUGUCUAUGAAGAACCUGGACAAGCUACAGGAGAGGAUAUCAGACCUGGAGACCGAGCGGGACAUGAUAAAAGAAAACUAUGACUCUCUACUAGAGAAUACUUUCUCUGCCCAAAUCAGCCAUGAUAACCGUGUGGAAAAACGUAGUGUAGUGGACCAGAAGAGUCAGGAUGGGAGGCUGGAGGAAAUCCUGCAGACAGAGAGGGAGAAGAGAGGCAGACUGGAGCUGGAGAAAGAAAAACUGAGACAAGAGAAGGAGAUGAUAGAAGAGCAAAGAGACCACGAAAGAGAGUUGUCUGAGAUGAUGCGUGUCAAACAAGAGCAACUAGAACGAGAAGUUCUCCAGCACAGAGAGCAAGUCUCUGCUCUGCAGGGCCGACUGGACUCUGUCACUAAGGGGCUUGACAUGAGUGUUGAGGAGCUCAGUGAAACUCUUUUACAGAUCAAGGUGUUUAGGAUGCAGCAGGAGAGCAGUGAGGGUCUACGAUUCCUAUGUUCUCAUGGGAAGGUGGAAGAUUUGCCCCAUGAGCUGGUAAACAUCCAGGCAACACUCGCUGAGACUGUGUUGGAGUUACAGAAAACUAGAAACCUUCUACUGGUAGAGCACCAAAUCUGUAAAGACCUGAAGGAAGAGCUAAACACAGUCAGUCAGAGGAUGGAGAGAGAGAGGGAGCAGAGCAGGAUGAUGAUGGCAGAGAAAGACAAGCUCUUAUCAAAAAGAGUUCUUCAGAUCAACACAUUGCAAGCCCAGUUGAAAGAGUUAGCUUACAGCCCCAGAAACUACAAACGGUCCAUUCCAGUACAGUACACCUGGCCAGCUGGGGAUCAGGAGGUGGUACAGCCCAUUGAAGAUGACAUGUCUUUUUCUCAGCUGAGAGCCGGCGAGUCACUGCUGGAGAUCCACCUUAAGGCUGCCACCUUCACUCCAGCAGGACUUCGGGUCAUGAGCAGAAUUGGUGCAGGAGUGGACACUGCAAGUGAAGACUUUGUGACCUUUUGCACCUAUAGCCUCUUGGACUUUGAGAUGCACUCCACCCCACUUGUGUCGGGCAGUCAGCCCAACUAUGGCUUCACAUCCUGCUAUGCUCUAACAGCCCGCGAUCUGGGUAGACUGGGAGGUCAAGGCUCAAGAGUCAGAGUGGAGCUCCACCAGGCAUUAGGAGGGGUCAACUUUGUGACACAUGGAAGUGGGCAGAUGUCUCUCAUGAGUGCCAUAGAGAGAAGAGGUGAGCGUGUCAAUGGACGUGUCAAAAUCACAGGACCAGAAGCUGAAAGUAUUGGUGUUGUGGAUUUUUGGGUACGUCUCUUCCCUCCUGCUGAGCCCAUGGACACUGCGGUAGAGAAACCAGCUGAAAGGAGAACAGCAGUACAUAGAGGUCCUCCUCAAAUCCCUCACGGCUGGCAAGACACAGGUUUUGAAGAGUUGCUUGACUACGGUGGUGGAAUCCCUAAUGAGUUGGUGGUUAUGUUGGAGCGUUGUGUGGGCCUCAGCACACGCUGGCCAGGUCUUCUUCCUGAUGGCUACCUGACUUACAGGUUCUACGACCUGCCACCUCAUGUCUCUCAAAUAGUCCAGUGCACCUCAGACCCAGUGUUCUAUGAUACCACCAGCUACCCACUGGCAGUAACAGCUGAUGUAUUGCACUACUUAAGGUCUAGUAGUCUGUGGGUGUAUGUGUAUGAUGACAGCGAUGACCAGAUGCAACCAGCUUAUCUGGCCAAGACCCCAAUCCCACUGCGAGCCUUGGCUACAGGCAGGGAGAUCAGAGGUGACUAUGUUCUGAGGGAUCCAGCUGGUGGACCUCGGGGUAUCAUCAGAGUCAUGAUAAAAUGGAAGUACCCUUUCCACCCGCUGGUGGACGACACGCUGGGUAGACAAGGAAGACAGGACAGACCAAUAGAAAAUGCUGACAGGGAGAAGAUGAGGAAACAGGAGGCUGAGGUGUCGCACAGGCCCAUAGCCAAGCCCAGAGUAAAGAUUCAGUCAAGAGAAACCAAAGCAGUGCAAGAACUCCAGCCUCCAUCUGUAAAACAGAAAAGCUCACACAACAAACAAGCAGAGCAAAACAAGUAUGUCAGGUCUACAGACAGGAAGACAUCCACAAAGAGAUCAGCUGACCUAGACCAAGGCAAAUUCCAUGUGACACCUGAGCCACUGACCACACCCUCACAUUCACCUGAUCAGGACACUUCAGAGGGAAUGUCUCCUAGACAAUCACCAGCCAUGUUGUCAAGAGGAAGCUCUGCCAGGACUCAGGAACUACUCUCUGUAGAUCAGGAAUCAGUGGAUGAAGAGGAGGAGGAAGAGAGAAGAACAACUGCAGAAGACACUGAAGCCAAUGAUUCUUCAGAGACAAGUACCUCACAAAGUGACAUCGUCAUCGUUUCACCUAAACAGAAAAUGAGAAAGAGAGACAAGCUGAGAGUCGAGAUUCUGUCCCUGGCGUUUGAACCAUCAUCACAUGUGGCCCUGGACAAAUCGGUGCAGCAAGUGUACGUGGAAUAUCGGCUGCUGGGUGUUGCCAUGGAGACAACAGAAACACCAAUGUCCCUCCGCAAACCCACAAAGGGGGAGGAGAUUUACUACAACUUUACUCGAGUGAUCUAUGUGGAUGGUUCACAGUCAGGUCCACUCAGACAGUAUCUUUACACCAUGCUGGAGGGCAAUGACCCCAACCAGGGCAGGUUAAAGUUCACAGUCGUCAGUGAGCCGAUGGACGAUGAUGAGGAAUGUGUGGACAUCGGACAAGCAUUUCUUGACCUACAAGAACUGCUACUCACAGGAAAUAAUGUUAUUGAACAGCAGAUUGACAUCAUCAGCGUGGAUGAAGACAAGGAGGUGAUAGGAAAUCUGAAAGUUUCUCUUGAAGCAGCAAAAGCUCUGACGAGGAUAUACCAGGAGUUUCAUCCAAAAGAUGAGACUGAGAAAGACGACAACACAGAUGAAGAAGAGGAGGAGGAAGAGGAGGAGAAGCGAGAAGAGACGAAGAAAGAAGAUCCGAUACAAGUAACAGAUUAUGACAUUGACAGUGACUUCUAGUGAAAGUAAAAAGGUUGAGAUCAACAGAUACUGUAAGUUGUGUUCAGUAUUAAACAGUGUGAACGAGUAGUGAGUUUCUUCCACAGUCCCAAAACAAUAUGUACAUGUAAGAAAUAAAGAUAGAAGUUGUCAUUUUUUAGGGCAUUUGAAGUUAUUCUUUUAAGGUUAUUCAUUCAUUUUUUACAGUUAAUAUCCAUUUCUUCCUGUCUCAUAGUGAGUUCUAUACAUCGUCAUAAAGCUUGCUGUGUAUGUUUAGGGAGCAUUAUUCCUGCAUACGUAAAAUGACUGUAUAUUGAUCUACACAUUUAAAAGUCUUGUAAACACAUUUUGCAAUUAUAGUUCAAAAUUGAAUCAUCAAUUCAUAAUUUAAAGAAAGACAUUUGACGGUAUGUAUCACUGGUUUUUCAAUGUUCAUGGUAAAUAAGUAAAAAAUUAAGUUAGUAUAUCAAUAUUUAUCUUUAUUUACCUCCUGCCUGUGGAUAUCGUGUCAGAUCCCUGCACCUCUGAAGUUGACAGGUAUCAUGUGACCUGAGGCAUUGCGCUUACCAAUGUUUAAACAAUAAAAUAAAAAUAGAAAUAUAUUUAAUUUCUUAAAUUGUUUCUUAAAAUUGAUUCAAGUUGCGUUAGACUUCAUUUUUUUAAUCGAUAGGCUUUUUAGUGAUUGUGUUUAGUGUUUAAAUAAAAUGAAUGUAUCUAACAAGUGACUCUAUUUACAUUUAAUAAAACAAUGUGACUACAUAA